CAUGGGGCUCCCAGGAAUCCCCCGCGGGCUGCGGGUGCCUGACCCCGCGGGGAUAAAAGCGGCUGCGGGGCGCUGCGGAGGCUCAGAGCUGAGCCGAGCCCAGAUCCCCAGCACCAGCCUCCGCCGCCAGCCCGGACCAUGAGCCGCCCCCGGAGCCUCGCCCCCGGCAGCCCCCUGCUGCUGCUGCUGCUGGCCUGCGCCGCGCUGUGCCGGGGUGCCCCCAUGGCCGGCGAGCUGCGGUGCCAGUGCCUGCAGACCGAGACGGCGGUGAUCCACCCCAAGCGCAUCGCCAACGUGGAGCUGAUCCCCGAGGGGCCCCACUGCGGGGUGCCAGAAGUCAUAGCCACCACGAAGGAAGGCAUGAAAGUCUGUCUGGAGCCCACCGCGCCCUGGGUCAAGCUGAUCGUCACCAAGAUCCUGAACAGUAAAACAUCAAAAAAAUCAUGAAGAAAACCUCUGGAUUUGCCUGCCAAGAAAAUGGCAUUUUGUGAGCCAGGGACUGCAAGAAAAUAAUUUUACCUGUGAGACACACUGAAUUUGUGCUCAUCCUAUUUAUUAAA